AUGGCUGGCAAAACGAAGCCUGACACAGAAAGUUCCGGGUCUUUACCCCCGCUCUCCGCGAGUGACUUUCGCGCAUAUAAUCGUAUGUCUGAACAGAUGGAGGGUUUUCAUAGUCACUUCCGUUUGACUUGGAAUCAGCUUUGGGAGGCAUGUAAUGCCACGGGCAAGCGCCCUGCGGGGCUAUCAGCCCGCCAGAUGAUCAUGAUGGGACUACAAUUUUGCUCGCAACUCGACUUCCACCAUUCUAUCGAGGAGCAACAUAUUUUCCCAGUGCUUGCGAAGAAAAUGCCAGAGUUCAGGAAGGAAUUGGAUCUUCUGAAGCAGCAUAAACAAAUCCAUGCUGGCCUCGAGAAGCUCGAGGCUUACCUUGAGAAAUGUCGCUCCGGCGAAGGAGGACAUGCGCCGUGA